AUGGAUCUCCAGAGCAGUAUUUGGUCUCUUAGUGUCGCUGAUACUUCUUUAUGCAUCCACAGAAUUAUAUUCCACCCUCUCUCAAGAGUCCCUGGUCCAUUCCUCGCGAAGUUCACCACUCUGUACUCCGCCUACCAUGCGUGGAAAGGCGACAUUCACCUAGACAUCUAUCGCUGUCAUCAGAAGUAUGGUGAUUAUGUCCGCUAUGCCCCAAACCGUGUAUUAAUCAACAAUCUCAGUGCAAUGUAUGAUAUAUACGGCCAUGGCUCUAAGGUGAAGAAAUAUAAAAACUACAAAGUUCUAGCCCAGCAAGCUCCAAACAUCUUGACCAUUCGCGAUAAGCAACAACAUGCUCGGAGACGCCGUGUCGUGAGCCAGGCUUUUUCUGAGAGCAGCAUACGCAAUUUUGAGCCUAAACUUCUCGGAAGACUGAAUCGAUACUGUGAAGCCGUACGCAAUGCUGCAGACCUGUCCAGGGAUAUGUCGCAAGAUUUCAGCAACCUCGCAUUCGACACCAUGACGGCAGUUUCAUUCGACAUAGACUAUAACACAAUCAACAAUCCUCAAUAUCGUUACGCUUUAGCCGCUUUGGAGGACUCAAAUAUUCGACUUAGUGUGCUGCUGCAGGAGCCCAAGUUCGUCAUGUUCAACCUGGAUCAAUGGCUAUUCCCUAGCUCUAUUGUUGGCCGGAAUCGGUUUGUCAAGUUCAUUCGCAUGCUACUUAAACAAAGACUGCGAGCUCGAGCCGAAGGUGCCAUAACUGGAACCGAUAUUUUUUCUUUCCUUGAGAAAUGCAAAGAUCCCGACACUGGAAAGGAGCUGACCCCCAUGGAACUGAGUACAGAGACAGCUCUGUUUGUUGUAGCGGGGUCCGACACCACCGCGUCAACUCUUGCUGCUACAGCACAUUACCUCACGGGUUGCUCACCCGCAUAUCGCCGGGCUGUAGAGGAGGUUCGAUCUACCUUUCAGUCUAUAGAUGAGAUUCGCAUAGGGCCAAAGCUCAAUUCGUGUUCCUUCUUACGCGCCUGUAUCGACGAAGCACUUCGACUUUCACCCCCCGGAGGGGCUGCAUUGUGGAGGGAGGUUGAGUCCGGGGGAGCUGUAAUUGAUGGGAACUUUAUCCCAGAAGGAACUGAGGUAGCUGUCGGUAUUUACAGCAUCCAUCAUAGUGACAGGUACUAUGAAGAUCCCUUCAAGUACAAUCCUGAACGAUGGUAUCGACCCGCCGACAAUGAGUCCCGUCACAAGGACUCCGGACGGCAGGCAUAUAUGCCGUUUUCUAUCGGCUCUAGGAGCUGCGUCGGAAAACCGUUGGCGCUUGCUCAGGCGAUGCUCACUUUUAGUCGAUUGUUGUGGGAAUUCGACAUUCGUAGGGCAGAUGCUGAUCCCAACUGGCCGGAACUAAACGUGCAGCCAUCUGAGUAUACAACAAAAGACCAUGUUUCCGCUGUGAAAGAGGGUCCAAUUCUGAAGUUCAAGCCCCGAUUCCAGUAG